CCAAACAUAGUCGUAAUGUCGAGAAAAUACUUGAAUCUAUUGUUUAUUUAUCUACAUUCCUGAACAAAACACUGCAUCAUGACAAAAACUAUCUCUCAAUUGUAACCGUAACAAGUAUUUAAUAAAAUUCGCCAGUCGCGCUCGAGAGAAACGGUGAAACUCGACGAUCGCCAUCCGAGUAUUUGUUAAAAUGUGAUCGUCGGUCGUCGUUGGCUUAGUGCCACGAGAUUAAUGGGUGGUUUAACAGAAAUAGGCGCGAUGAGGUGUGUGGUGGUAGUGCUGGCGAUGUGGUGGGGCUGCGCGGCGGGCUGCCCGUCGCUGUGCUCGUGCCGCGGGGCGCGCGCCGACGGCGAGGCGUCCGGGGCCGGGGCCGGUGUCGGUGUCGGUGUCGGUGUCGGUGUCGGUGUCGGUGUCGGUGCCGGUGCCGGUGCCGGCGCCGGGCCCGCCGCUGCCGCCGCCGCCGACGCCGUGCUGCGCUGCGGCGGCCCGCCCGCGCUCAUCUCCGAGCUCAAGGAGGUCGACUUCGCCGACGUCACUGGCUCCGUCGUCAGCUUGAACAUGUCGGGCAACGCCAUCAGCACGCUGUCGCGAGACCUGCACCUGCCCAACCUGCAGAAACUAGACCUGUCGCACAACCAGAUCAGCCUGAUCGAGACGGAUGCGUUCUACAACAUCACGGCGCUGACGCGGCUGGACCUGUCGCACAACCAGAUCAGCGCUGUGAGCCGCGAGGUGUUCAAGGGGCUGGUGAACCUGGAGCGCCUCUCCCUCGGCCACAACCUGCUCACCGCGCUCGCGCCCGGCACCUUCCACCACCUCGUCGCCUUGAAGCAGCUGGACAUCACGGAGAACCGGCUGGUGUGCGACUGCGCGCUGGUGUGGGUGGGCGCGUGGGCGCGCUCGUCCGGCGCGCGCCUGCAGGGCUCCCCGCGCUGCGCCGCGCCCGCGCCGCUGGCCGGCCGCGCGCUGCGCAAGCUGCGCAUCUUCCUCGACCUCGCCGCCUGCGAGCCCGGCGCCGGCGAGCCACCCUCCGUGCUCGUGACACGCCCCGCGCGCGACCAGCUCGUGUUCGAGGGCGACGCGCUCACGCUCGUCUGCAGCGCGCCCUUCGCCUCCGCGCUGCACAAGUACGAGCUGCGCUGGCACCACGCCUCGCUCGACACCUGCGACGUGAACGUGACCAGCGCCGACGUGCUCGAGGAGGGCGCCGCCGAGACCGCCGCGCACCUGCCCAACGUGACCGCGCACCACGCCGGCGCCUGGACCUGCGAGUACGCGGACGAGGCCCGCGGCCGCCACAACCGCACCCUCACGCUCACCGUGCUGUCCGACGCCACGCGCUACUGCCCGACGGGCACCACCCGCGACAACAAGGGGCUGUACUCGUGGCCGCAGCUGCCGGUGAACCGCACGGCCGAGGUGCCGUGCCGCGACGGCGCCGGCGCGGGCGUGGCGCGGCGCGCGUGCGGCGCGGACGGCGCGUGGGCGCGCGCGGACACGGCGAGCUGCGCCUACACGAGCAACGUCACCAAGCUGCUGCAGCAGUUCGCGCUGCUGGACGUGUCGCUGGUGCAGUACGCGGCGCUGAACGCGUCGGCGCGGCUGGCGGCGCUGCUGCGCGAGAACACCUACCCGCUGGCGCUGGUGGCCGACCCCGACGACGUCAUGUUCGUGGCGCAGGCCGUCGACAACUACAUGCGCUACGUCGACGACGAGCCCGACCUAGGUUCGGCGCUGCUGGACGUGAUCAGCGCGGUGAUGAGCGUGCCGGCGGCGGUGAUGGCGGCGGCCGAGGCGCAGCACGGCGCCUGCACGCGGCUCGUGCGCGCCGCCGAGCAGCUCGCCUCCAGGCACAACAACAAGCAGAAGAGCAACCUGGCGGUGGAGAGCUUCCCGGUGCGCGCGGGGUUCGGCGGCGCCACGUGCGCGUGGUACAGCGCGGGCGCCGAGGGUGACACACAGGCGGCACAGACCGCGCCGCGCCUGCACUGCACCACCACCAACCGCACGGUGGCGCGCAUGCUCACCUUCCACGACGCGCUCAUCCACGCCAGCGUGCAGAUCCCGGCGUCGCUGCAGCUGUCUCUGUCUCGCGGCGGGGGCGGAGCGUCGCUGGUGGUGGGCGUGUUCGCGGACGCGGCGCUGUUCCCGCUGCUGCCGGCCGACGAGCCCAGCGCCGAGCACCGCGCCAAGGACUACUACGGCCGCAGCACCAAGCGCGAGGACAUGAACAUGGAGAUCACCUCGCCCGUCGUGUCGGUGCAGCUCAACAACGGCACGCUGGAGCGCGCGCUGCUGGAGCCGGUGAUCUUCACGCUGCGCGCGGCGGGCUGCGGCGCGGCCGCGCGCUGCGCCGUCUGGGACCCCGCCACCAAGCGCUGGCAGCACAACUCCACCGAGUGCCGCAAGCUGCACGUGUCGGGCUGCACGUGGGUGGUGUCGCUGCCGGCGCCGGGCGUGGUGGCGCUGCUGGCGCGCGCCGAGCGCGGGUACUACGGCGGGCGCACGCACGGCGCGCGGUUCAAGGUGUCGCACCCCGCCGUGUACGUGGGCUCGCUGGUGCUCGCGGGCUGCCUGAUGACCGCCGCCACCACGUACGCGGCCGCCUUCCCCGCGCUCGCCAUGCCGCGCCGCGCCAAGCACGCGCUGCUCAACACGUGGCUCGCGCAGGCCGCGCUCUGCCUCUUCUACACGCUCGGCAUCUACCAGACCGAGGACGCGCGCCUGUGCCGCGCGCUCGGCCUGCUGCUGCACUACCUCUCGCUCUGCUGCCCGCUGUGGAUGUGCGUCUCCGCGCACCUCAUGUACAAGGGCGUCACGCGGCGCGAGCGGCCUCCUCCGGAGCCUGUCGAGUCUGAACCCGAGCCCGAGCCCUCGCCCUCCCCCUCCCCCGCGCGCCCCGUGCUCGGCCUCUACCUGUGCGGCUGGGGCAUCGCGCUCAUCGUGUGCGCCAUCUCCGGCGCCGUCAACCUCAAGGAGUACGCCGGCUACGCGCAGUGCUUCCUCAGCUCGGCGGCGGCGCUGACCGCGCUGCUCGCGCCCGGCGCCCUCCUGCUGCUGUUCCUGGCCGCGCUGUUCCUGCUGGUGCGCUGCUCGCUGCGCGACCCGCUGCACGCGCAGCUGUCCGAGGGCACGCAGGCCACCGAGCACGUGGACCUGGAGCUGUGGGAGCGCGCCCCGGAGUGCCGCGCCGCCGAGCUGCGCAGCCUCCGGUCCGGCGCCGACUCGGAGGCGGAGGACGCGGAGCGCGCGCCGCUCGUGCAGCUGCGCGCGCAGGUGAUCGUGGUGGCGCUGCACCUGGCCGCGUGGGGCUCCGGCGCCGUGGCCGUGUACCGCCCGCUGCCCGCCUACCUGCCCUACCAGGAGGACAUCUGCAGCAUCCUGUACGCCGUCUGCGCCACCGUGCUCGGCACCUUCACGCUCUUCUUCUACGGCAUCGCGCGCAGCGACGUGCGCGCGCAGUGGGCGCUCAUGCGCUGCUACCUGCGCCGCUCCAAGCGCUGCUGCCGCAACCGCAGCGUCUUCGACUCGGCGCGCCCUCCCGCGCCCCCCACCGCGCCCCAAGACCGCUCCCGCUCCGGCAGCAGGAGCUCCAACAGAACCAACUCCAAAACCAACAACAGCGCCAUAUACAAGGCGGCCGCGGAGCUGAACGGCCACGGCCAGAGCCUGCGGCGGGACCACAAGAACACGAACGGCAAGUCGCCCAACAUCAACCUGGUGGUGCUGCACCGCCAGCAGUACCGCUCCGACGGCUCCGUGCUCACGUGCCCCGACGCCGGCGCCGGCGGCGGCGGCGGCGUCGAGGCCUUCUACAACCCCAACCAGAUGAACGUCGCCAAGAAGUUCUUCAAGAAGCAGCGCCAGAACAUGAAGCGCAACUGCCUCGAGCUGCCCUCUCGGCGGGACCUGGACGCCGACUCGCACGCCUCCCUGCCGCUGCCCGCCCGCGAGGCGUACGGCGUCGCCGGCAUCAUCGGCUCCGGCGCCAAGGUCAACAACACCAACAUCCACGUGGAGCCCGCCGCCGCCGGCCGGCGCACCAACAACCCCAACCUGCUCGACGCGGACGCCGACUACAAGAGCAAGUCGUGGACCACCGCCGCCGCCGACAAGGUCGUCAACAUCUACACCAACGUGCCCGAGACGCGCGUGCCCACGCACACGCACCACGUGGUGGCGGCCGACACGCGCACCGUCUCGCAGCAGUGCAGCCUCGAGUACUCGUCCGCCAGCGAGCCGCCGCCGCACUCGGCCUCCUCGCACACGCUCGACACCGAGCCCACCGAGCCCACCGAGCCGGCCGAGCCCAGCGCCGCCGCCGAGACCACCGACACCGACUCCUUCGGCCUCUACGUCGACUGCCGCCGCGAGCAGCGCGCUCCGCUCUCCGGCGGCGAGGCGGACCGCCUGCUGCCGCACGUCGACGCCGGCAGCACCAACGCCAGCUCGCACGGCGAGACCGAGAGCGACAUCUACUGCCCCAACUACCAGGUGUCCGAGGUGAGCAUCCGCAGCCACGGGCUGUACGCGCCCUCGCCCGCCUCCAUGUGCCCCCCCGAGCUGAGCUUCAGCGCCGAGGACGUGUCGCACGCGGACGAGCGCUACGUGAACCUGGCGCCGGCUGCGGGCGCAUGCGCGGAGGCCGGCCGCCACAGCCCCGCGUCGUGCGCCAGCGACCUGGACGAGCUGUACACCGCCAUCACGGCGCGCCGCGACCUCGCUCCCGCAGCGAGCGACGCGCUCGACCUCACGGCGCACAGCGACGUCACGCUGCGCCCCGACAGCGACUCGCUCAGCGACCCCGACUCCGCGGCGCGCACCGCCACCCUCAAGGGCACGCUCGUCUGAUCGCCGCCGCCCCCGCGCAGCCGCCCCCGCUAAUUAUUAGUACGCUGUCCUCGUGAACCUUGGGGGCGAGCACGAAGCUACUUAUCGGACGGUAGCCGCUCGUCGGUUGACGUCUUUGGCGGUCAAACUCAUAUCGUUUUUCAUGAUUGUUUCGCUCUAUUUUGACUGAGGACUCUCUAAAUGUAUAAUAAGUAAAUAUGAUCUUAUGACCGCCGCAAUGUAUUAAUUGUUCUAAUACGUAAUCUUAUAACGUCCUAUUUUAUUUUAUCGGUUUAUUAUAAUAGGACAUGUCGUAGAUGUAACUAUAACAAAUGGACUGAAAAUAUAGAUAUAGCUAGUUUCCGGGCUGCCUGACAUACUCGUAGUGUAGCGCGACCGCAGCGCCUCGCCGCGGCGUGUCCCGGAACUCCCGGAGAGCUCGGGAAAGAUGACUCAAUACUACUUAAUGCAAGGAGAGCUAACUUGAAUAGUGCCAUUAAUGUAAGUGUGUAUAAUGUUAGGUUAAGCUGUACAUUUGUAAUUGUAAAUUAAUUUAUUGCUAAGAUUCCUGGCGAGCGCCGCGACGUGUCCGCGAGCGGAGCCGCGCGCUCGUUUGUUCCAGAAUAAGUUGCCAACAACGUUAUAAUAUAGAUUUCGAAUCACUUAGGUACUCGAACAAACGCGCUUCCUUUCGGAGGCAUGUCGCGAUGUUAUUUCUAUGCGUAUUAUAUGUAUGUGCCAAAUGACGUAUUGGAAUGUUAACCUUCUAACCUAUUCUGACUCGCGAAUCUUCCACGCGUGACGGCAAUGAGUAGAUUUCAUACAAGAUAAGUAUAACUUUUGAUCAAUCAUAUAUUUGUACAGUCUGGAGAUCUCGUGAACUUAAACUAUGAGUAGCUCUGGGUUGUUUCUGACUAAUUUCAGAAACACUGUAAUAGCUCGGUCAAGUUGUGUUCGAAUACUUCGAAUGUAUGGGACAUAAAAACAAAUUGAAUCCAGCUAAACUUGAAUGCAAGUAUUAGUAAUAUGGUAUCGUAGAGUGUGGUGCUUCGCGCACACUAGCGUCCCCUACCGCCGCCCCGCCGCAACACCUC